UAAGACGUGCUCCCCAUACUGCCAAUUCCUUUUUAUCACAUAAACCUGAUUCUCUUGGUUUUUUUAGUAAUUUUUUAUAUAUUUUUUAUCUGGGGCUCUUCUAAUGGCGUACAGAUUAGAGAUAAGAAAUGGGUUUUGAAGAAAUGCUGUUUAUACGUGAACCAAAGAUGGCACAUUGUGAUCUAGGAGCUUCUGAUCUUCCAAUUCUUUGAUCUCUGUGUUUUUUGGAUCAGUCAUGGAGCCCCAGGAUUUCACUGUGAUUUUCUGAUCAAAAAGAAGAGAAAAAAAAAUUGCGCCUUCUCCUGGUUUUUGAGGUUAGAGUAUUGAAUCUUGGCUUUGCUUUGAAGCUGCAGAAGGAUAAUGAAGUCUGGACAAAUAACCAGAGAAGAUAUCAAAAAAGUUGGAAAGAGUUUGGAUUUUGAUGCAUUUAGAGGGAAUUGAGACAGUUUUCUAAUCCUCUUUAUUGCCCACAGAAAGAGAGAGAUUUAUCGAUGGAGAGAGUGGUGCAUUUGUUAUUCAUGUACGUAGAUUUGUUGUUGUAGUGAUCCAGGGAUCGAUAGAGAAACGUUUUUAGGGGGAGGGAAUUGAUUUGGAGAACGGUUGAUUUAGAGUCGAACAGUUGUCUUGAUCUUGAUCGCGAGAGGCCUCGGGCGCAAUGGCGUCGCUAUCCCACCAGCCCUCCAAGAAGGCCAUCCGCACCCCGGGUGGUGCGGGCACCCAAAGCGGCCGCACUCCCCCCCUGGCCCCCAACUCCAACUCCAGCACCAGCAGCCAAACUGUGAAAUUCGCCCGCCGCACGUCAAGCGGGCGGUAUGUGAGCCUCUCCAGAGAGGACCUAGACAUGUCCGGGGAGAUCAGUGCGGACUACACAAACUACACGGUCCACAUCCCCCCUACCCCCGAUAAUCAACCGAUGACGGCCGAGUCCUCCGUCGCGGCCAAGGCCGAGGAGCAAUAUGUGUCGAAUUCUCUUUUUACCGGCGGGUUCAAUAGCGUUACUCGUGCACAUCUCAUGGACAAGGUGAUCGACUCAGAGGUGACCCAUCCCCAGAUGGCUGGUGCCAAGGGGUCGGCAUGUGCCAUGCCUGCAUGCGAUGGUAAGGCCAUGCGUGACGAGCGAGGCCAUGACGUCGGCCCAUGUGAAUGUGGCUUCAAGAUAUGCCGAGAUUGUUAUCUCGAUGCCCAAAAAGACAGCGGAAAUUGCCCUGGUUGUAAGGAGCCCUACAAGGUGGGUGAUUUUGAUGAUGAUGACGACGGCGGCCAUGGCAUGCACGACUUCUCGGCUGGCGCUUUGCCGCUGCCUGCACCUCAAGGGGGUGGAGGAAAGAUGGAUAGGAGGAUGUCAGUUAUGACGCCAAGCAAGUCAUUGUUGAUGAGGAGCCAAACAGGGGAUUUUGAUCACAAUAGGUGGUUGUUUGAGACAAAGGGCACGUACGGGUACGGGAAUGCAUUUUGGCCAAAGGAUAAUGUCUACAGUGGUGAUGAUAACGGAAUGGGGGCCGGAGGCCCUAUGUCAGACUUUGCAGACAAGCCAUGGAAGCCCCUGACACGCGUAAUCCAAAUCCCAGCAGCCAUCAUCAGCCCAUAUCGUCUCCUCAUCUUCAUCCGUUUUGUGGUUCUGAUCCUCUUUCUCAUAUGGCGAGUUCGCCACCCCAAUGAGGAGGCAAUGUGGUUAUGGGGCAUGUCCAUCGUGUGCGAGCUAUGGUUCGCCUUCUCAUGGCUCCUCGACCAGAUGCCGAAGCUUUGCCCCAUCAACAGAGCCACUGACCUCUCGGUCCUUAGAGACAAGUUCGACAUGCCCUCUCCCUCCAACCCCACCGGCCGCUCAGACUUACCAGGAAUUGAUGUCUUUGUCUCAACGGCGGACCCAGACAAGGAGCCCCCCUUGGUCACAGCCAACACUAUCUUGUCGAUCCUCGCUGUUGAUUACCCGGUCGAGAAGCUCUCAUGCUAUGUUUCGGAUGAUGGUGGGGCCCUCCUUACCUUCGAAGCCAUGGCUGAGGCUGCGAGCUUUGCUGAUGUGUGGGUCCCAUUCUGUAGAAAGCACGAGAUAGAACCGAGGAACCCAGAUAGUUAUUUUAACGUGAAAGGGGACCCUACAAAGAAUAAGUUGAGGUCGGAUUUUGUGAAGGACAGGAGGAGGGUUAAGAGGGAGUAUGAUGAGUUCAAGGUAAGGAUUAACAGUUUACCGGAUUCAAUUAGGAGGAGGUCAGAUGCAUUUAAUGCAAGGGAGGAGAUGAAGAUGUUGAAGCACAUGAGGGAGAGUGGAGGCGACCCCUUAGAGCCACUCAAGGUGCAGAAGGCGACGUGGAUGGCUGAUGGGACCCACUGGCCUGGGUCUUGGGCCGUCCCGGGCCCGGACCACUCAAAGGGUGACCAUGCAGGUAUCCUUCAGGUGAUGCUCAAGGCCCCAAGCAGUGAUCCCCUUCUCGGCUGCACUGACGAGAAAAUCAUCGACUUCACUGACGUCGACAUCCGCCUUCCUAUGCUCGUCUACGUCUCCCGUGAGAAGCGCCCCGGCUACGACCACAACAAAAAGGCUGGCGCCAUGAACGCCUUGGUUCGAGCCUCGGCCGUGAUGUCCAAUGGCCCAUUUAUACUCAACCUCGACUGCGACCACUACAUCUACAACUGCCUUGCCAUCCGAGAAGGAAUGUGUUUCAUGAUGGAUAGGGGAGGGGAUACCAUAUGCUAUAUUCAAUUUCCCCAGCGUUUCGAAGGCAUCGACCCCUCUGAUAGAUAUGCUAAUCAUAACACGGUCUUCUUCGACGGAAACAUGCGUGCCCUCGAUGGCUUACAAGGCCCAGUCUAUGUGGGCACAGGGUGCCUCUUCCGACGCUUUGCGCUCUACGGUUUUGACCCCCCCAAAGACUCUACUCGAUCGUGGCUCGGCAAAAAGAAGAAGGAUCACAGCGCCCCAGUCGACUCUGAGACUCAGGCACUGAGAGACAAUGAGGAUGACGAGCUCGAUGCCGCCAUCCAUCCAAAGAGGUUUGGAAACUCAACCAUCUUGGCUCAAUCCAUACGUGUCGCUGAGUACCAGGGCAGGCCGCUGGCGGACCACCCUGCUGUGCGGCACGGGCGGCCCCCAGGAGCCCUUUGCGUCCCUCGUGAGCCCCUUGAUGCACAUACAGUGGCCGAGGCCGUAUCUGUUAUCUCGUGUUGGUAUGAAGAUAAGACAGAGUGGGGUGAUAGAGUGGGUUGGAUCUAUGGCUCGGUAACAGAAGAUGUGGUCACAGGAUACAGGAUGCAUAACAGGGGGUGGCGCUCGGUUUACUGUAUCACAAAGCGUGACGCGUUUAGAGGGAGUGCACCCAUCAACCUCACCGACAGGCUACACCAGGUGCUUCGAUGGGCCACUGGUUCAGUCGAGAUAUUCUUCUCUCGCAACAAUGCAUUACUCGCCAGUACAAAGAUGAAGAUUCUCCAGAGGAUAGCCUACCUCAAUGUAGGUAUCUAUCCCUUCACCUCCAUCUUCCUGAUUGUCUAUUGCUUCCUUCCGGCCCUCUCUCUCUUCUCCGGUCACUUCAUAGUUCAAACCCUAAAUGUCACCUUCCUUGUCUAUCUCCUCAUAAUCACCAUCACCCUCACUCUCUUGGCCAUACUCGAGGUGAAGUGGUCGGGCAUUGGGCUAGAAGAAUGGUGGAGAAAUGAACAGUUCUGGCUCAUCGGGGGAACAAGCGCACACCUUGCUGCCGUGGUGCAAGGGCUUCUAAAGGUGAUUGCAGGAAUAGAGAUUUCCUUUACCCUGACUACUAAGUCGGGAGGGGACGAUAAUGACGACAUGUUUGCUGAUCUCUACAUGGUAAAGUGGACCUCUUUAAUGAUCCCACCCAUAACAAUCAUGAUGGUGAAUUUGAUAGCAAUUGCAGUUGGGUUCUCAAGGACCAUUUACAGUCAGAUACCACAAUGGAGCAAGCUUUUGGGAGGGGUGUUUUUCAGUUUCUGGGUGUUGGCACACCUGUAUCCAUUCGCUAAAGGGUUGAUGGGCCGAAGGGGAAGGACACCCACAAUUGUUUUUGUAUGGUCGGGCCUGAUUGCCAUCACUAUUUCGCUACUUUGGAUAGCAAUCAAUCCUCCUAAGGGGACCACACAGAUUGGGGGCACUUUCCAGUUUCCAUGAGAAAACCAGAGGACAUUUUGUUACUUUGUCACUGUUGUUGUUUGUCAAUGUUGAUGUUGUUGCAGAGGGUUUUUUGCUAAGCGAGUCCCAUAGGAAAAAUGUUCAAGGCAUGAUAAAUGCAGAAUGCUUAUUUUUGUGGCAGGUUAAAGGCAAUGAAAGUGGAGGAAGAAGCCAAAGGACAGGGGUUCAAAAUUCAAAUCUAUAUGUCCAUUGAAUGUAAUUUCCCCUGUAACUAAAAAAACAAGAGAGAGUUAUUCUUUCAUGGCUGCUACCGAAUUGGGUGGAGUCCAUUGUAGUGUAAUCAUUUGGUUUUUUACUGUCCAAUAUUUUCUAUUGAAAAUUUUGUGAACUCCUCUGUGUUUUUAAGAGAGAACCAACACUGCCACUUUCUCUUC